ACUCACGACUCCUCUUCACCACGACCAAGAACAAAAGCCUUGGCGCUCUCGCGCUUGCGUCAAUACCAUACCUGAUUGCAGUCUCUGAGGCAAGACGAUGAAGAUCAAGGCGCUGACACGGUCGCUGGAUGCGCACGCUCCCGCGCGCAAAGGGGACGCUGCACCCACCUCACACAACCUGGACGCCUCUCAACAUCCCUUCGAUCGACCUAGAGAGUAUACGCGCGCUCUAAACGCAUCCAAGCUGGAACGGAUGCAUGCUAAGCCUUUCGUCGGCGCUUGCGAGGGACACUCUGAUGGCGUGUACAGCUUGGCUCUGGACAGCAAGAGGCUGGCUUUUGCUGCUACAGGCGCUGGAGAUGGGGAGAUUCGAUUGUGGGACUUGAGUAGCAAGACGACAAUCAAGAGCUACUAUGGGGCUCACAGGGGCAUCAUAAGCAGCCUCGUGAUCAGUCCAAUCUCCUUUCCAUCCGGUUUGAGCUUUGCAAGCGAAGGGUCGACGAGAAAUUCCAGAUUGAGUGGAAGGAGGCUAUUGAGCGCCGGAACCGAUAGGGUUGUGAGAAUGUGGGAUGCGGAUCCCGAAGCGAGCAGGUUUGGGGGCGGCGGCGAUGAAGCGCAGGGAGGCGAUGCCGACGAAGAUGAAGAGCUGGAGCUGACUGGCGCAGGCAGUAUUCGCCGGGCGAAUUGGACACAGAAGGAGGACCAGGCCCUUUCCUCUUGGACCUCACCCACGGCGCUCAACUCUCUCUCGCAUCACGCCAGGGAUCCUCGCUUCGUCAGCGCAUCUUCAGCCAUCCAGCUGUGGGACAUUACGCGCGGCAAUGACUCCGCAGAAAGAGAGAGCGGAGCGUUGAGAACGAUGGAAUGGGGAGCUGAGAGCAUCAAUUGCGUUAGAUUCAACAUGGCAGAAACAGAGGUGUUGGCUAGCGCAGGGAGCGACAGAGGCAUUGUGCUUUACGACCUGAGAAGUGCUAGCCCUUUGACCAAGAUGAUCAUGAGUAUGAGAGCAAACGACAUCGCUUGGUCGCCCGUGGAACCGACUACCUUUGCCGUAGCUAGCGAAGAUCACAACGUCUACACUUUCGACAUGCGCAAUUUGAAGUCGGCCACUCAAAUUUACAAAUCUCACGUCGCCGCAGUGAUGUCAGUGUCUUACUCUCCGACAGGUCAAGAGCUACUCUCUGGUUCUUAUGAUCGGACACUACGCCUCUGGAACGUGGGAAGCGGUUCACGUUCGCGUGACACCUACCACGCCUCUCGAAUGCAGAGGAUAUUCUGUUCCUCCUACACUUACGACAAUCGUUUUGUGCUCUCUGGGUCAGACGACGGUAAUCUGCGGGUCUGGAAGACUCGAGCAAGCGAGAAGCUGGGCAUCAAGAGCGGCAAAGAGUUGGCCGCUAUGGAGUAUAGAGACAAGUUGAGAGAAAAGUGGAACAAGGUCGGAGAGGUGGGCAAAAUCGAUGCGCAGAGGAGACUGCCAAAGGCCAUUACGAGCGCGAGGAAGCUCAAGGGUACCAUGCUCGAAGCAGAGAGAGUCAAGGAAGAGAGGAGAAGGAAGCACACCAAGUCGGGUCAACACAAGCCAAAGGCGGCACGAAUGGCGGCCAUUCUGGCUCACAAAAAAUAAGACGGUGUGUCGCACAUGGUGGAGCAUCCAGCCACGUCAAGCACCUGCAAAGCUCUGUACAGUAUGAAACAAUUCCUCGAUCCCGCAUCGUUACAGCAGACACUGUAGGACUGAUAUGUGCCCGCAAUGUUACGUGUGCGCCAGCUCAUUGCCGCAGACGCGCAUUCGUGUUGUGAUCGAGCUCAGCGGUCGCUGCGCGCUGCUCGCUGCUCGCUGCUUGCAGCCUGACGAGGGUCUGCAUCUUAAGCAGCUGAAGCAUCAAGCGCCCAAGCUCUUGCUCUUGAGAAAGUCGACGACAGUGGUGAUCAGUUCCUUGGGAUUCUCCUCAGGUACCCAGUGCCUAGAAUCCGAAAUGGACUUGUAAGUCACGUCGUUGGACAACUCCUCUGCCAUAGAUU